UUUUGAAAGUUUCCAGACGUGGGCUUUUUUUAAUGGAUGGUAUGGGGGGGAUAGCCGCUUCCAAUGUGCGAUUUAUGAGUUGUUUAUAAACAAAGUUUUAAUGGAACUGCUGUUUUAAUUCAGUUUUUAAAAACUGUCUUAAAGACAUGGAGAAUAAUAUACUAUGCCGUCUUUGUGCCGAACAGAGAGAUAGUUUUGUGAGGAUUUAUGAAGAAGAAGGACAGAAACUUAAUCUAGCUACUAAAAUAAUACAGUGUUUACAAAUUUGGUUGUAUCCAGAGGACCCGCUUCCAAAGACUGUAUGCAUUGACUGCUGUGCCAAGCUUAAUCAGUAUUUUGACUUUUUUGAAACCACAUCAAGGGCACAACUUUCACUGCAAAUUAUGUUUGAUCCUAAAGUUUCAAACAAAACAGUGAAAAAGGAACUGGGGAUUAAUGCUGCAAACUCUAGAAGGAAUAGUCAUCAAGAGGCUGCACCCACUGUGGAGGAUGAAGAGGGAAUUGCAUCUUGUGGAAGUUCAGAGGCAGAUGAAGGUGAGGCAGAGCCACCAGAAUUUGUGGAAUGUGUACUGUCAGAAAAAGACAACAUAUUGCAAGACCGAAUGGAAACUACAAAUUUCUCAAGAAGAAAAUGUCGUUAUCCUGUUAAAAGAGCAGCGGGCUCUGCUGCUAGAAGUAAGGGAGCUAUCAAAGAACAACAAACUUCCAAAGAGCGUACAUCUGCAAAGGGAAGGAUAUGCACUCGAGCUACUCCAUUGAAUCAAGCAGCUGAGAGUGAUGUGAUGGAGCCACAGGAAAGCAUGCCCCUGCAGGAACGGCUUUUGAUCCAAGAGAGAGCCAAUAACAUGAAGGCCAAGCAAGAGGUAAAACAGGAAACAGAAACCGGUCUGUGCCAAACUCCAAAUCCAACAGAUGUCUGUGGUGUUGAUGGGAAACAUCAGGAAAUAUGUAAGGGUACAGAGGGGACAGAAAUAAAAGGAACAGAUGGUUUGAUAUGUAAUGAUGCUGCAAAUUCAGGGACCUCUAAAAAUGAAAAGAAAGUGAAGAGUGCUCGAAAGAAGCGUGAUUCCAAGCCCAGUGAAAAGCCUCCUCGUCCCAAAGCAGUACUGGAAGGAUACCCCUGGCAGUGCACAGACUGUCCCAGUGUGCUGGGGUCUUUGCAGGAACUGAGGCUGCAUCAUCAAGAUGUACAUCAGCAGCCCCCUACAUUUAAGUGUGUGCAAUGUGCAAAGACAUAUACUCGUUAUCGAUCGUUUGCUCGCCAUGUUAAACUGCAUCGCAAUCCUAAGAAAUUCAAGUGUGAAGAAUGUGGGAAGUGCUUCUCUCAGAAGACUGUGCUGCAGUCGCAUCGAACUGUUCAUACUGAUGCUCGGCCUCAUGUGUGCCCACAGUGUGGGAAAGCUUUCAAACAAUUUAGUUCUCUUUAUUUACACAGCAAGUGCCAUUUACCUGACCAAGUGAAACCAAAGUUCCCCUAUCCACACGGGCGAGCGCAACUUCAUCUGCGACGUGUGCGGCAAGAGCUUCAUCGCCAAGGGCAGCCUCGACUACCACAUCCUCACGCACUCCGGGGAGAAGCCGCACCACUGCGCCGUCUGCGGCAAAGGGUUCAUCGGAGACAGCAUACUGGAGAACGUCCUUAUAGUUGCGCAGAAUGUCGCCGGGAAUUCACCAACUGGGCCAAUUAUAAUAAGCAUAUGAAGAGACGACACCGAAAUCCUGAUGAUCCUAAUGCAGCGAAUAAUAAUCGUGUUACAUCUACACGCAAUUAUCAGCCUCCAUCAGGCAUCCCUGCUGGUGCUGAGAACUCAUUAAGAACUGUCCCACCUCCACAGACAGUCAAUUCAAUGUCUGCUGCUGUUGCAUCUGUCUCUCCUAUGGGAAAUGCAUACAGCCUGAAUCCCCACAGUGCCAUAUGCGAAAACAGCAACAAUAACAGCAAUAGUUCGAUGAGCCAUAUUACUAUGUCUCCUCCUGUGGUUCCAAUGGCGAAUGCAUCAACAGGCAUUUACAGUGCUCAGAACCAUGUCCCAAAGAUGGCUACUAUAUAUGGACCUCACCCCACAAGUGGUGGCAUGAAUCCUGGAGUCCCUAGCAAAAUGCACUCACCAAGUUCUCUUUCUAGUGUUUUUCAUAGUAGCUCAUCAAUUGUGGGAGGUUUUGGCAAUAAUGGACAUAAAGUGCCAACAAUUGGGAAUGUUUUUCAUGGAAACCACCAGCCAGACACUCAAGAUUCGGUUGAGCGCAAUAUGGAAAGAACUCAGCCAAAUAACCCUCUAAUGGUUUCAUACCAUGUGCCCUCGUAUGUAUCCACUAGCUUGCCCAUGGGCAGUAUGGGUUAUUACAUCCCACCCAUUCACCACACAGAGCCUAGCAUUGACAUGCUUCAUAAUCGUAUGGGUAAUGGCCAAUUGCCAGGAAAUUCAUAGGAUUGUUAAGGAAAUUAAAGUACCAAUGAAUAUUCUUGCUGCAGACUUUGAAGAGAAAGUGUGUUUAGUAUAUUUGUAUUUGUGAGGUUGUGUCUAUUUGAUAAACAUUUUGCUAUGAUAUAAAAAUCCAUGUAGUGUACAUUUACAACGAAUUCAGUAGUAGAUACAUUUCAAAUUCAGAAAAAUGCUAGAUCUUUCCUUAGAAAUAGUAUAAUAAUAGUGUGAAUUGAUACACAGUUCAAAUGGCAACUGAAAGAAGAUAUUAAUGUGUAUUUAUAUCUUGAAUACAAAAUAGAAAAGUAGAUAUGUAGCACAUAUCAUUUGAGAUUAUCAUUAUUCAUAUCCCAUCUAAUAGUAUAAGAGACUCAGUUUUAUAUUAAUUUUAUCUUUUAUUAGUAAAUAUUUGUUGAAUUAUUUUUAUAUGAAUAUAUAUGAUAUCAGCUACAGAAAUGUUUUUAGUGGAAGAUUUAUUAUUUUUUAAUAUCAGAAUAUUACAGAGUAAUUUUUUAUAUAGAUGUACUAAAAUCUGAUCUUAUUUUUUUGUCAAUUUCAUAUGUAUAACAACUGCGAAGCAUAUAUAAGAGAACGUGUUCUGGCUUCAGAGUAUUUCCAUUGUCUCUGGUGGUUGAACAAAAGCAUGAUCUAUUUGGGCGAUCUAUCUAGGACGAACCCAUAUUGUAAAGCUUCCUUAUUUUGAGACCGAUUUUCUGCAGUUCCAGAUUUAAUUUAAAUGUACGUGAGUACUGAAAUUAAAAAUGCGAGAGUUCCAUGUGUAACACUGAAGCCAGCACACUUUUUCUUCUAUAUGUUGUGGUAACAGGUUGAGAUGUUUUGGCACGUGAGCAAUGAACUCCUUUGAGAAAAAAUCAGGAUGUUAAAAAUAUUCUCAAACACACUACUUUUAAAAUAAAAAACUUCAGAUUGUCUUUUGUAGAUUCUUAUGUUGCUUGCCUUCAUUACCUAAUGUUACUGUGGUACAUAAUCAGAGUUGCCAUCCAGAGUGUUACUGGAAGUUACAUUACAUUAGAACUUGGCUUUUAAAUGGAAAAAGAUGCAACUAGUAUCUUGUGGGAAGUUAUUUUAUGUAAAAAGAAAGAAGAAGAAAUAAUUGUAUUCAGUAUCCCUCAGGAAUAUAGAAAGAACAUUGUCGAAAAAAUUAUAUGUUAGUAGAGAUGCUUAUUGUGUAACAAUUUAUAUUUAUCAUUUACAUUAUGUAUUUGUUCUUUAGAGGGUGGAGUAGAAAAGUUUCAUGAGUUGUCAGACAAAAUUUUGGACCAGCUGAAAGUAGAAGAUUGUAAGAUUGAAGGUAAAAGUUGGUCUAGAUUGUCCCAUACAAAUUGGAACAUGUCAGUUAUCUCUAUUCAGUGAAGCCCGCAGAAACAAACACCUUGAUUAAGCAGUCACCUCCCGUAAAAACCGUUUUCUCCUAGAACCAAUUGAGUUUGUGGUAAGACAAGGGGUAAUAUUCCCUCUUUUCAGUGACCACCUGGCUAAAUGCCCAACAGCCAGGCACAUUUUAUCGAUUAACUUAUUAAGAGGUCACCUCAAGUGAUUUUGAUGUGUAUUAUGAUAGGAAGUGGAAAAGUAUUGGAGAUGACUUGAUUUAAUACUGUCUGCGACAAGGUGCAUUAUAAGAUUACAUCGAGCAGGGUCAUUCAGAGUAGCUGAUCAAAGGCUGGGAUUGAUAUCUAUUUCAGGGAACAACUGAUGAUUUUAAUGAAACAUCAAUACAUUCUCUUCACCCAUUUCACAGCAGUUCUAGCUAGCUCAUGCGUCCUUUGCGUCGAAAUCUAAAGAACUUGUGGAGCACAUCAUGUGUGUGAAUCCGAUUUGAAAGUUUGACUAAAUCCUUUGUCAGUCGACCCUGUUGUAAAAUUUCUACAGGAUGUGAAUUGCAUCUUCAAGUCUAGUUUGCCCAUUCAAUUCAGUGAAGAUGAAUGCGAGUUUCUCAAAUAAGACAAUGUGUGACAAAUCAUGGGUAUGUUUUAAUAUUGGUCAAGAGGAAGCAGAUGAUCCUA